UCUUUUCUUUUAUUUCAUUCUUAUGUAAUGAAUGUCUGCGACACAUAUUCCAUGUUAUUUCUUCCUUAAUUAAUCGAAGUAGCUUAUUUAUUUUAUAUCGGUGAUCUAUAAAGUUUUCCAAAAUGAGUCGCGGUAGUCGCGGUUCAUCGUCAAGAACGGAGAACAUGAUUUCUUUGAAGGUAGAUAAUCUCACCUAUCGUACUACGCCUGACGAUUUGAGACGCGUUUUUGAAAGAUGCGGCGAAGUUGGAGAUAUCUACAUACCCCGGGACAGAUUCACUCGUGAAAGCCGAGGUUUCGCAUUCGUUAGGUUCUACGAUAAGAAAGAUGCCGAAGACGCUUUAGAUGCUAUGGACGGUAGAAUGUUAGAUGGCAGGGAAUUGAGAGUGCAAAUGGCUCGUUAUGGACGUCCCGCUUCUCCUAGAUACGGUGGCGGCGGCGGCGGUGGCAGAAGUAAUUACAGACGUCGGAGCUACGGACGUUCUCGAUCUUACGAUCGUGGUCGUCGUUCUUAUUCGCGAUCCAGAUCUAGGUCCCGUUCUCGCAAGCGUUCUUACAGCAGGUCAAAAUCACGUUCUUCGAGAUCCGAAAGCAGAAGUCCGCAACGUAAUAAGAGUCCGCAACGCAAUAAAAGCCCACAACGUAAUAAAAGUCCAAACCGUAAAUAUUCGCGUUCCCGAACACCUUAAAUAAUUGCAGUAACCUACGCUUUUCAUCUUCCCCAAUAUGAGGUUUUUCAUCGUCGGUGCAUGACCCAUGUUGUACGAAAUUUAUUCAACUCUUUCUUCAAUAAGGUAUAUAGAUUUUAUGAUAGUUUUGUUUUUUUCUUCUUCAAGGUUUUCAUUAUUUAUCAAUGUAGGGUUAACUCUUCUGUAAAUUUCAUUUUUAAUUUUGCCUAUACGAUAUUCAUUUUUAUAUACAUAUAUUACUUAAUUGGGCUACUGUUUCAGUCAACUGCGAAUUAGAUUUAGCUUUUUCAAAUUUUUUUCUUAUUAAAUUACUAUAGCGUUAAUCCGACCUCGAAACGUUUUAUGAAAGAUGACAAAAUUUUGACCAUUUCACCAAUUUUUUGAUUCAUUUUGCGUAGGUAUUGAUUCGUUUGAAAUCUUUUUUUUUAUAAUUCUACUUUCGAUUAUGUUAGGACUAUGUUAAUUAAUAGCAGUUUUAUGAUUAUGUGUAGUUUCGUUCUCCUUUUAGUGGGAUUUUUUUAAGUUUGAGUAUUGAAUUAUUUUACACUUCACAGUGCAAGUCUCAACGGUAUUAUUUUGUAUUUUCAAUCGAAUGUUUUCUAAAGAGGAAAUAAUCGAAGUUAAUUUGAUUAUCUUUUUGUUAUUAUCGUGUUAUUCAACGAAAAUUGUUUUUAUCAAAUCACGCUCGAAAUGCUCGAAACAAAACAACUGAUUACGUCACGACUAAUGUAACGUAAAAAGACGAUUAAUUUUAGUUUUUAAUGUAACUAUUCACAUAACGUAAUUUAAAAUUAACUUUUGAUCUGUUAAGCUUCUUAUGAUUCAAUUCGAGUAUUUACUUACUCGUACUUCCAGAAAAAAAAGGCCUACAUUUUGACUAAAAUAAAAUUCGUACGUUUUAAUUAUUUAAUUUCAGCCUAUUAAUUUAUUUUUAUGAUGAUGUAUUGUAUAAUUUUUAUGUUCUAAAGCAACUGUGUUGUAAAUUUUUAUUAUUUAUAAAUCUUUAUUAACCGCAGGGGGUGAAUGCUGCUGCAUUGCUGCCGUUGAACGCAGUUGACUGCUGUUUGCUGAGAGGCUGUUUUUUAAUUUUGAUUUUACGGUUUCGUUAUAUUUUUUUUCUUUUAUUUUUUGAGAAAAAAAAAUUUACGAACGGGUGCGGGAGUAAUCGGUGCUGUAGGAUGAUAAGCGGUUUGGUAUUAACGAGGUUCGUGGCAGCUGAGAAAGCUUGUAAAGAAAGGGGAAAUAGUAGCAUACAAGCUGAGGUAAACAAUGUGAUGGAAUUUUCGAGGUUUGUACCGUAGUACCUAGAUAUACAUAUUUCGGAGACUUGGAAAUUCUAAAUUCUUACAGGUUCGAAAGAUUAGAAACGUAUUGCGAGCGUAGUACGGCGAUCAAGAUUUCGAUGCUUUGAAUUGUUCGUGUUCGUUUUAGCCUGCCCUUUAGCUGCCUUUACCUAUAAAAGUAUCUGUGCCGUUCUGCCUCCGGUUUCGAUUUAACGUAAUGCAGCAUCUCUGUACGUUGCCCUGCUCCUCUGCUGUGUAUAAGAUAGCAGUGAUGUCGGUGUCCUGUUAUUGUAGACUCGUGCUCGAGCCUGAGUAGGUUACUCGCGCAUUCGUUGUCAGUGCUGAUGAUGCCGUUUGCUCGUUUAUAAUAGUUUUUCCGGUGCUGAAGUAAGUUUUGGUUCAUGAAAUUAUUACCUACGUUGCGUUUUAAUUAUCAGCGCUGAAAUCCGAGUAUACCAAAUGAAACGGCUACGGAUCCUGUUAAGUUUAGCAGCAUCGAACGAACUGCUGAGCAGAUUGUGUUGAACGGUGUGAUCGAUGAUUACGAAGAGCUGCGAUAUUCGUUCACGUACUCGUGUAAUAUUGUACUAUGAAAUCUUAUGCUCGCGAAUUGCUUCUCAUAUGUACAUUCACUUCUGUAUCUCUAAUAGAUUGUUCUUCGGUGUGAAAUCAUAAUGCAUUGGCUGUCCGUCAUGCUUAAUGAUUUGAAACACGAGAAUAUUUUCUAUUUGCACUUGCUUAUUCAGUCCUUUUUCAUGAAAUCAUUAAUUUCAGUUCAGUUUUUUUCUCGAGCCACAGUCAAAGUAAAUACGAGUUGAAGGCGGUUUUUGCAGUUGUAUUUGAGCUGAACUUUCGUAAAGAUUUUACAUACGUAUUUCAGUCGUACCCGCGUACUUGCCCCUCUUCGCCGUGUAUUAAAUCACAAAUUCAUAUAGUUUGCAGCUGAUGAAUCUAGUCGUGUGCUAAUUUGUAGUUUUCAUAAUAUUUUUGGUCUUGUGCGUGUCAAGUACAUUAUUACGUACGUUACGUGAUGUUAAAUUUACGUUUGUGAGUCAAAUUUUUGAUGUGUCGUUUAUAGUACCUAAUUAAACAUAUUGCAUGAAAA